AGCUCGAGCCGCAGGGGCGGCGCCAAGAAGGGUGCCCAGGCCCACAAGAACACCUACGCUUUCCACGCCAACAAGAGCUCCAAGAUUACAAAGAAGAUCGCCUCCAUGCCUGUAGGCGGCCUCUGCGAGAAAUGUGUUGAAGUUAUUAUGUGGCGCAAGAAGUUCAAGAAGUACAAGCCCUUGACCACCAUGAAGAAGUGCGUCAAUUGCGAGCAAAAGGCGAUCAAGGACGCAUAUCAUGUUAUAUGCGACAAGUGCGCGGGAGAAAAGAACGUCUGCGCAAAAUGCCUAGAAUCCCGAGAGAUUGUUCCUACCAACAUCAAGACAGAGAAGGAGAUCGUCCAGGAACAAGUCGAACUCGAGAGACUGCUCAGUGGAAUGACAGAGCGUGAACGCAGGAGUUACCUCCGACAGAUGGAACGCAAGAACAAGAGAGGAGGUCAGGAUGAGGAUAAGGACGAGGGCGAAGACAAUGACUCGGACGACGACAGCUCGGACGAGGAGGACGAGGAGGACGAGGAGGAC